AUUUCGAGUAUAUUUAAUGUCGGCUGUUCGUUUGCGAUUCUAAAAUAAAAAGUUAUCCGAUCUUCUGCCUGAUUGAAUCUUAAUAAAAAAAGAGAAGAUACAUUUGUGAAAUUUCUCUUAUAAAUAAAGAAGAAUUGUUCUAUCUAGAACCUCUAGAGAAAGGGCUGGACAAUAGACAGACGUCAUCGUCAUUCUUCAAAUUUAAACAAACAGGUUGUUAAAGAACCAGCAUUAUGGAUUUUCAACAUAGGCCUGGUGGUAAAACAGGGAUGGGCGGGGUGGCCUCUGCCUCUGAUGCAAACAGGGACAGGCGUGAAAGAUUAAGGCUUCUAGCCCUUGAAACUAUCGAUUUAAAUAAGGACCCAUACUUUAUGAAGAAUCAUCUUGGCUCUUAUGAAUGCAAGUUAUGUCUGACACUGCACAACAAUGAAGGUAGUUAUUUAGCUCACACGCAAGGCAAAAAGCAUCAAGCCAAUUUAGCCCAGAGAGCAGCAAAGGAAGCGAAAGAGUCGCCGAUCCAGCCGUCACUCGAGAAGCCUCGCAUCGACGUCAGGAAGUUUGUGAAGAUAGGCAGGCCUGGGUACAAGGUCACUAAGCAGAGAGAACCUGAAACUGGACAACAGAGCCUCUUGUUUCAGAUUGACUACCCGGAGAUUGUGGACAACAUCCAGCCCAAACAUCGAUUCAUGGCAGCUUACGAGCAGAGGAUCGAGCCCCCAGACAAGAGAUGGCAGUACCUGCUCUUUGCUGCUGAGCCUUAUGAAACCAUUGGGUUCAAAGUGCCUAGUAGAGAAGUUGACAAGGAAUCAUCUAAGUUUUGGACCAGCUGGAAUAAGGAAACAAAACAGUUUUUCUUACAAUUUGCAUUCAAACUGGAGUCAACAAAGCAGCAACCACAGCAACAGCAGAAGAUACCAAGCUCACUGCCCCCACCACCACCUCAACAACAGCCGCCCAACAACCCACCAAUGAGACCACCACCUGGACUGCCCAUACCUCCCCCGGCAGCUGGCCAGAACAUCAACCUGCCUCCUCCUCCCCCCCCACCAACACUUUAAAUUUUUGUUACAAACUGACCGGCUCUGCAGAGCUGAUGAAUUAAUUUCAAUUCGUUUUUGUUUGGUUCAUGAGUGCAUGGUUCAUUUCAUUAUUUUGCCUGCUCGUGGUUUUUUUUCUUGUCUUGUAUGAACGAAUUUUAUUUGAAUAAAAUUAAUUUUUUUUUUUUAAUAAAAAAAAAAAAUCUAAUCUGACUUAUUCUGUUGGAAAAGAAUUCGUGAAAAAUCUGAAUUAAAAAGUACUCAAAACAAA